AAAAGACAUGUCGAGGAAAGAGCAAAAUGCACCGCUUACGGCGGAAACAGGGAGAAAACCAGAGUAGCGGGGAAAGGCAGGUACGUUUUACAACAUAAGACACCAAGUUUAGCCAAGGCCGCUUAAAAACCCGACACGUACAGGUGACCGCUCAUACGCAAAUGACGGCAACCAAGAGGAAAAAAAAAAAACUCGCAAAACGUUCGCCCAUUCCCUCCAAUCACAUUCUAACUCAUCCGUUUGCAUGCACCCAGGAAACGAUCAUCCGACACGUGGACAACCCACCAAAACCAACCGAGCCAACCGACCCAGUAGGACAUAAUGGCAAAAGAGUAAAAUCAGGUUGCACCAAACCGAAACCUGAUAGGUGUAUUCACGCAUGGCGGCCACCCCAACCACACGCGUUAUAACGGGAGGUUAAUUGUGAUUGGUCAGAGAGCGGGUUUGGCACAUGGCUGACUAAGAGUUUUGAGGUUUUGCCCAAAACGCAAAACCGAUGGCUUUAAAACACAGACUUAUUUCCCAAUGCGAUAUGUGUAGUAGCAUGCAAGGUCCCACGCAUGGUUCAAAGUUCUAGAUGUCCCUUUCUCCAAGCCCCUUAAACACGUACCCAACCGUAUGUUCUCCACGUGUCACUUCCUGCUUCCUCUUUGCUUUAUGUUGCCUUUCUCUCAUUGGACUAUCUUUGCUCUUAUACCCCACCUCACCUCCUACUCCUCUCCCACCAUGUCAUUCACCGCACCAGCUUCCUCUUCCUUCAAACUUCAACCCUUUCAAACCUUUAUCCCUUCUCCCUCAUUUAACCCUUCUUGCUGCAUAACCAGAGUUAUUCACCAUGAUCAAGACAUUGAGCCCUUACUCAACAACAGCGAAAACGGCUGAGAUUAUGUCUCGGUACAGACCCAUAGCUCCGAAGCCGGAAGUUCCAAUGGAUCCGAUCAGUGACGGCGCCGGCUCAUCCAUGUCGCAGAAGAUAAGGCAAUCUCCUUAUCUUAGAAACCUCUGGCCUCAGCUGCAAGCUCGACCAACUCGAACCAGAAAGAGAGGCAGGGCUCCACUGUCACCUCCCAGUUUGAAAAGAGCGAGGACUCACCAUGUCCUUGGCCUCUCUGUUCCCAGUCAUGUUACUUCCCCUGCCAAAGCUCUCUCCUCGCAAGCUUUCACUCAUCUUCCUGCGCCAAAUCUCGCACCAGUGACUUGCAACUUGGAGAAUCCUGCAACACAAUCUCCAAGCUUGGUGACUCUUCCUCUUCUUCCAUGUUCACCUUCGGUUCCUGUUAUCCUCAACCAGGCAACCACGGGACAACCCAGUUGCAUGGAGACAAUAGAUUUGAACAAAGUGGCUGAAAUCCCAGAAGAGAAAGAUCUGCUGCAGCAAUUGCAGACACCUCCCACCACCAUCAGUAAUGUCAUGAAACCGCAGCCGAUUCGACCAGUUGGAUCUAGAAUCAGCGUGGGUUGCAUAAAUGAGGACCCAAACUUGUUCUCCACAGUGCAAAUUCCGAGGAAAGCAGAGGAGGUUGAAGAUGAGAUGGAGUCUGAAGCCUUACCAGCAGUUAUAUCUGACUCGAACAACAAAGUGAGGCUGGCCAAUUCUGCUUACAGGAAAAUGGUGGGUCAACCGGAGUGUUCAUGGCUGGAGGCCAUGGUGACAAGUGGUGAGCGGGGCAGCAGCUCAUGCAAGAGAAUCUGUGGGGAAGUGGGGCUUCAUUUCUGUGAUUCCAGGGUGCCAGUUUCUUCAAAUGGAUUCUCCUGUUGGGUGAGGAUAGACUGGGGAAGUGAUGGGAAGAACAACUCCAUUCAUGCAUUCUGUGAUGUAGUCAGGUUAUCCUGUCUCUCCAAGGAUUAUCUCUUUACAUGGAGGUUCCACACCAGGGAGGCUGCUCGUUUCCGUAGCAAUGUCUGAAAUUUGAGGUCUAAAGUACAUAGUUCGCCUUUGUCUACCAUAUGUAUGUAUGUAUAUAAACAUGAGAAAUCAAGUAAUAUAGUAGCCAAAUAUUGUAUUUCGAAA